UGUUUGUUAGUAAUAUUUUUUAAAAGAAGAGAAACUUUCGAUGUUAUAACGUCACAAAGAGAACUAAUUGAAAAUAUAUCAGACAAUGAUUGUACUUUAAUCCAAAGAACGCUAGCUAGCUACCUACUGAGAAAACCAAAGAAAAGCAAUUCCAGUAACCAAUGUCCCUGCCUGCAAAUAAGCAAAGAGAAAAAAAAAAUGGCCACCAAAGCAAAUUGGGAUAUUAUGAUAUCCUACCAUCAUGCGUCUGGGAAGGAGUACAUGAAAAGGAUUAAAGAGUCAUUAUUAAAACAGGGUUACUCUGUUUGGACUGAUGAAGAUCAUGUGUAUGGAGAUUUAGGUGCACGGAUGGCAGAAGGCGUUGCAGGAUCAGAGUUGAUCAUUCUUUUACUUUCAAAGGGAUAUGAAGAAUCUAAAAACUGUCAGAAAGAAUACAACUUGGCCUCUGCGCAACACAAGAAAAUUAUCUGUGUAAUAGUUGAGAAAGGUUAUAAACCUCCAGCAGACCAUGCGCUCAGUUUGAUCUUGGGCAAUAACAUGUACUACCAAUUAUACAGAGGUGAUGAAACAACUUUUCAAAGUCUAUUAAAAGACAUCUCACAACAGCUAUUAAGAGAAGCUCCAGUAAAGACUGAGCCCAUUUUGAAUUUUUGGAUGUAUAAAGACAAAGAAGAAAAUAUCAUUGUUAAGUUUCAUAAUAAAAACUUAAAAACCGUUCAGAGAAUUACUAUACAACAGAACGGUAGUGAUACCAAGGUAGAACUGAAAGAAUCAUCUGACUUUUAUGAAGAAAUGAGAGACAAUAAGCUUGUAUUAACAAUAUAUAAGGCAGCUACCCGGUACAUCCUAAAACUUGUCAUAUCGUUGCUGGACAUUGAUGAAAAUAAAGAGAUUUUUGAAGUAGACAAUGUCAACAUUGCCUGCGCUCACAAGUAUUACAACAAAGAAAGUAAAUUUUCUCUCCAUACACAUAAUAGUGACAAAGUUGCAGCAUAUAUCAAGUCAAUUAUCAGCACCCCUGUUCUUGAAACUGACAUUCAGCUGCUCUAUUGUGGAGAAGUACAUGAAAAAAGUAGAAGCGAAUACUUAAGAUUUUCAAGAAAUUAUGUUAAUGAAAACUGCACAUCUAACAAUGAUUUUCUAAAAGAAGCUGUUCAAUUUCCACCACCAAUGGUAAAUGAAGAGAUUUCCAGCUUUGCAUUUCGACUAAAGUUAAUUCUCAGUGAAAUUAGGCACGUGUUUGUGAUUUUCACACAUUACAAUACCACGGACAAUCUGAAACUUCUAAAUUUUAAUACUUAUUGUGAUCAUGUUCCAGAUUAUAAACACAGACUUCUGCUGCUCCAUUCAUCUCAAAAUACCUUCGUCAACAUAAGAUACACUAAGACUACUAGUGCCACAAUUAUUCAGGAAGAAUUUCAAAAUGGUGAGGUAGAUAUCAAACAUUUGUUUGCAAUCAAUCGACAAUUUAUCUUGGAUAGUACAUCCAGAUUUAUAAAUGUUGUUGCUGCACCAAAUUUCCCAAAGUUAGAGAACAUCGACGUUUGUGCAAACUGUCAAUUGUUAGAUCAGUCUAUUUUCUCAGACGACUCAAAGGUUAGAACUUUUUUUGUGAAUCUCGAAUUAACAAGAAGAUAUCCUGAUAAUAAAAUUAAAGAACAAUAUAUGAACAUAUUGGGUCAAGCAAUGUGUUUUAUGGCUAGUAGGGAAACUAUGAACACUGUUCCAACAAUCAAAGAUGACAUUCAUGGGAAAAUAUGCACUGUCCUAUUGUCAUCUGAGCAGUCGAAUAUUUUGUUUAACGAAUCUAAAAAGAAAAUUAUCGUGGGACCAUUGGGAAGUGGUAAAUCGGUUCUUGCUUUAUCUCAUCUAAAACAUCUUUGCCAAUGUUGUGAAGGAAAAUGCAUAAUAUAUUAUGUUAUAUGGAGUGACAAAACAAUACUGCUGAAUGCGGUCGAAGAAUUCGUCUUAACAUUUCAAUGCAAUAAAAAUAUCACGUUGAAAGUAAAGAAUGCUAUUGAAUUAGCAAAAGAGCUCAAUCUCUCUAAACUUCCAACCUUAUCCCAAUUAUUACUGUUGUUGUUAAAGAAUCACGGUGGUAUGUCAUUUCAUUUUAUAAGUGACGAAGUUGAUGGAGCGAUGUUUGACAAACAAGAAGCUUUAUUGUUGAAGCAGAUUUUGGAAAGGGAAGAAGCUUUACAGAAUUCCAUGAUUGUGUUGUUUCUGCAAUCUUUGGAAAAGCACAGGAGAUUGGUUUCAUCUGGAGAAUCAAAAAGCCAUGAUAAAUACAAAUACGAAGAAGCUGGUAUGCGUGUGUUUUACCUCAAUAAAGCAAUGCGAACAACGAAGAAAAAUUUUAACUUCUUGGUACAAUUUGAGAAGAAAAUUUCCGGGAUUGAAUCAGUUAUCAAACAUCCUGUUCACGACAAAAAUCAUGAAACAUCAUCAGCAAAAUCUGGAACGACCAGCUCUACCAUUCAAGAAAAUUCAAAGCAGCGUAAAGUCUUAGAAAUAAAAAAUUCACAAGUGAAAUCAGGAGAAGAAAGUAAAAAGAUUUUUGAAGAACCAGUGGAUAUAGAGGAAAUUGCAGCUGUCUCAAAUUACCCAGGUGUUUCUGAAGAUGUGAAAACCUUGACCAAAGUGAAAUGCAACUCCGCCCAAGCAGUUGGACAUAACAUUGAAGGUAGAAAGCCAAUACUGAUACAUCUUAAUUAUGGAAAUGAAACAGAAGAAAAAAGUAUUGUCAUGUUAGCUCUCUCGUUGGAAUACUACCUAGAUCGUGUUAAUAUUAAACGAUUAUUUUUUCAUAACACUGUGGAACAAAUGAUCACGUUUCGAAAAGUUUUGGAUUUGAUCGGAGAAGAUUAUUUUGUUUAUAACAAACAAACAGAAUGGAACAUCAUCGACAGAAGCAAUGUCGUUACCAAUCUUCCAAAAAACAAAGGUUAUGAUCUAAUUACUAAUCUAGAAGGUAGUAGAGGAACAGAAUUUUGUGAAACCGUAUGUUGUAUUGACAUAAAUGACACUAUGUUGCGACAUAAGACGUUAGAAGGCAUGUCCAGAGUAACUGAACGCCUGAUAAUUGUUUGCGCAUGUAACAUACAGUCUGCUGCUAUUAAUUCAUCAACUGGACAUAUCAUUAAAGAUCUGCUACCAGAGUACCUGAAUGAAGUUUCUGUGGAAUGUUGCAAAGAUUCAAAUGAAGAUUACUUUGAAACGGAAGUUAAUGACAGAAAAUCGAUAGGUUAUGUGAAUACAAAUUCGUGCAGAUGCAAAAGUCUCAUGGAACGGAUAAAGAAGAUCGAAUAUAAAAAGGAUGAAUCAGACACGCCUAAUUUCGCACAAAUCAUACGUAAAAAUUUCCAGCCUCCAACAAUUAACGUGAUCUGCAAUUUUUCAAACGACAAUUCCUGUACAAUUAAUUGGAAUGAGGAAGGAUAUCGUUACGUAAUUGAAAUGGAAAACGACAGAUCUCAAUGGCAGAACAUAGAACAUAUCAUCACGUUUGGUGGAUGUGUUAUCAAUAAUUUAGUUAUUGGAAAUAAAUACAAGUUUCGUGUUUUGGCUAGUAACGACUCUGGUCAAGCUCAAAGUGUUGUAUCGUAUCGACAUGUAAAUACUCUCCCAUCAGGUCAUGUAGAUAAAUCUGUCACUUUUAAAGAUAUCGUGAAAAUUAUUAGAUCUAACGAUAUCGAGCAACUGAAAAAAUUACUAUCCAUUCAUCCAAACAUCGUUCACAUGAGAGAUGAACAUGAAUACACACCAUUGAUGUGGACAGUAUUUCACACCGACAAUACAUCAAUGGUGGAAAUACUCAUCUCAUAUGGGAGUGAUGUUUGGGCGGGAAAUAGAUGGAAAGAAAACAGUUAUCAUUACGCUGCAUAUCAUGAUCGUCACACAAGAUUAGAUAUGUUAUGUCGACAUGAUGUAACAAACAUCAACCGUGUAGAUGUUAACAACCGCACACCAUUACAUCGUGCUGCAGCGCUUGGUAACAUCUUAUGUGUUGAUGUUUUGUUACGUCAUGAAAAUAUUGAUGUGACGAUCGAAGAUGGAGCUGGAAGAACAGCUUAUGAUGUUGCUGGAAGAUUGAAGAAUGAACAAAAGCGGGAAAUAAUAAGACGAAAAAUAAAAGAAUACGAAGAUGGAAAGAGGAGAUAAAUGUCUCAGGAAAUUAAUAUGAAAAAAUAACAAUCGUUUCACCAGAUGAAGAAAAAAAAUUGCAGCUCGAAUUAUUUAUUUUAUUAUUGUACAUACAUUAUUUUUUUAUGUAUAUUCGAUUUCUAUGUAUUUAUUUGAUAUAUAUAUUUAUUUCAUACGGAUUAAUUUAAUUUGUAAGUAUAAAUCCAUGUUAUUUUCCUUUUAAACUAUUAUUUUUGUAUAUCAACUAAUAAAAACAAGGAAGCUGGAUGUGGUUGAGAAAUAAAAACAAAUUUUGAGAAUGGAAAGGAUGAAUUUGUACCGAUAUUCUUUUCACAACAAAUAUGAAGAAAUAUAUCUUUCAAUGCAAAGAAAUUUUCGCAGAGUCAAUUGUUGUAGCUUUUCAAGUUUGUUUACUUUGCGAAAAAUUAUAGAAAUUACAUCUGAGCAUGAAGCCAAAUUUCAUAGUUCUCAUAAAAUAACGUAUUUUUAGCAAGUGUACUGUGAAACAAAUUUUGUUUGAUGUAUUUUCGUAUCAUGGAUGGAUGCAUGUUUAAAGUCAUGUGGUUUUGUUACAGUCAACUAGUCUCGUUCUCAACUCUCUUAAACUCUUGUGUCGUGAGAAAAACAAUGUUUCAUUUAGAAAAUGUAAAGCAUUAAUUAUCCUGCUGAAAAAUACAUUUUAUAUUUUACAGAAA